ACUUAACACAUUUACUGUCUAUGCCCACAAAUUUCAAAAAGACAAGAUUUUCGUAAUAAAUAUUCUACCUUGUUUUUUAAACACUACGCAUUAUCAAUCCUGCAGUUUAGCUGUGCUAAAAUCAUUGUAACUCAUGUAUGUUCUUAGAAUUCACAUUUUCAAAUAGCACAAUGUGUUAAUAAAAUUUAAUUUCAUUCGAGAGAACAUCGUUCGAACAUUACAUAUUUCGAUUUUUGUAUUCAACAGCGACUUGAUAGUCUAUAAUUAAGCGUUUACCAUUGAUAGAGUAUACGAUUUACCGAAUAACGCUCUGCAUCGGAGUUGCUUUAAAUUGAUGUAACCGAGACGUGAUUGAUUUUGAUUAGUUCAAAGUGGACAUAGCCGGUUACACGUGUGUUAUCGCGUACACAUCUUACGCGCAUAUGACCGAGCAGUAUUCCAAACGUGUCGAUACAUCUCUGUUCAGUAAUUAACGGGAAAUAUAUUAAAUGUAAAUUACGCGAGUUAUUGGAACCGCAUAGUACACGCUUUCGAUGAUGAUGAAAUAGAAGCACGUGUCAUUCGAUAAAAAACAUUCGUAAGAAUAGGAUCGGUAUUAUAGUUUGAGACAGAAAAGUGUUCACAGAAAAGUACAAAGAACACAAGAUAACACGAAGGGCAGAAAGAAUUGAAAAAUCACGGAAAGAAACUAUACAUCGAUUCAAGGUCAUAGAUUAUCAUGUCUAUGUCAAGAGUAGUGCCAAAGUUGAAGAACUCUAUGCAGAAAAGGCCCCUACUUUUCAAUUCCGUAAUAUACGGCAUUUUUUAUACCGGCGCCGAAUUUGCUCAGCAAACCUACAGCAGAGUGUUCAAGUUAUCUUUACCACCGUCGACUUCGAAUAACGUCGAAGAGUUAAAUACGAUCGAUAGCAAACGAUCGACGUUCGUUUGGAUAAAAAAAUUCAAUGAGACACUGGGCUUAUCGGACGAAGAAAGAUGGACGCAAUCGGGGCAUUACAAUUGGGCCCAACUUAAGCGAUACGCCAUCUACGGUUGUCUCGUUGCUGGACCAGUACUCCAUGGAUGGUAUAAAUGGCUGGACGCGUUCUACAAAGGCAAAACAAUGAAGAUCGUUCUCAUAAAACUUUUUACCGAUCAGUUUAUUCUUACACCACCAUUACUUAUGAUGUUUUUCAUCAGUAUGAGCAUAAUGGAAAGUAAAUCGGACAUAUUUGGCGAAUGUAAAGUAAAGUUUCUUCAAACGUUCAAGACCUCGUGUAUGUAUUGGUUACCGGUACAAUUUUUAAACUUCCUACUAAUACCACCAACAUUGCGAGUCUCCUUUGUUAGCGUCGCUGCUUUUUGUUGGGUGAACAUCCUUUGUUACUUAAAAAGUGUUCCAUUAUCCAAGUGCGAUCAAAAUAAUAAGAUGAACUAUUAAUUUCUCCUACCAAAUCUCGAUAAACCACAGCAGUAAAAUAAUCGAUAUCCUACCUAAACGAGCAAUUACAAUCAUUUUCUAUGUAAAAGUCAUUAAAAAGACAAAACUAAUUUACGCAUGUAAUGUUAUUGUCUGAGAUAAAGCUGUAAUGCUAAAUGGUUUUCGAUGCAAAGUCUCAUACAAUGUACAUAUGUAUAAAAGUGUAACGCAUAAGGAAGUAUUUACAUUAUAUCUUUUGAUGUUAAUUUUUCUC